ACGUCUCGACAUUUUCCAUUUUUUCUUUUUUCUUUUUUUAACCCUAAUCCAAAAUCUCACUCUCGUUCUCACUCUCGCACGCUCUCUCCGUCGAUGCUUUUAGAAAUCAGUCCCUCUCAUUUUCUGUGAAAUUUUCGCAUUUACCUUCUCCGAUUACCAUGAGUUCAGAUUCCGACAUUGAAAUCAUCGGCGAGAGAACCAUGAGUUCAGAUUCCGACAUUGAAAUCAUCGGCGAGAGUGCGAAUGUCGACCACCAGCAAAUCAAAACUAAAGCACUCGCCGUCACGGUGACGAAGAACUUCGGUCGGCGAGUGCAGAAGAUUGUCUCGGAGCAACGAAGGUCAAGCGCUCGGCUCAAGAGCAUACCUGAAAGCAAGAAACCUUUUUAUGGCAAUAUGAAGAAAAGGUCAUUCGAACCCGCAGAAGACGAUUCAAUCCAAGGGAGUUCGCCCAACCCUAAGAAAAAACCAAAAUUGAACCGUUCAAGUGAAAAGAGUACAGAAAAUGGUAAGAGAAUCGAAGUACCAAGUGGCAAAGGAGAUAGCCCAGCAAAAAAGAGUGGCAACAGAGACAGGACAGGAAAGAAAAAGUCUAGAAGUAGUCCAGAUCACCAUUGCUCAAACGGGAAGAGUGUUACCGCUGACACUAAGAUGGAUGAUGCGGGAAAUACAGGUCCAGCAGUGAAUGCAGCGAAUGGUGUGGAUGGUGCUGGAAAGAGUGCACAUGCGAGGGUGAAAGAGGCCAUACGGGUUUUCAAUACACACUUCCUUCAGUUGGUUCAGGAAGAAGAGAAUAGAUGCACAAAGGUGGAUGGUGAGCCAAUGAAGGGUUCCAAGGCUAAAGAGAAGAAAUGCAAGAAGGUGGAGACUAAAGCCAUGAAGGGCUCCAAGUCAAAAAAAGAGGAUGCAAGUGAGGUGGAUGUGAAGCGAUCUCACAAGCGACCUGAUUUGAAGGCAGUUUCAAAGAUGUUGGAGUCCAAUGAAGUUUUGUACCCUGAAAAAAGAUUUGGUAGUCUACCAGGUGUUGAUGUUGGGCAUCAAUUUUUUUCUCGGGCUGAAAUGGUUGCUGUAGGUUUUCAUAGCCAUUGGUUGAAUGGAAUUGAUUACAUGGGUCAGUCUUACAGCAAGCUGAAAGAAUACAGUGGCUAUACCUUCCCCCUCGCCGUAGCAAUUGUGCUGUCUGGCCAAUAUGAAGAUGAUCUUGAUAAUUCUGAAGAUGUUGUGUAUACUGGUCAAGGUGGAAAUGAUUUGCUUGGUAAUAAACAUCAAAUUCGAGACCAAGUUAUGCGCCGUGGUAAUUUGGCACUUAAGAACAAUAUGGAGCAGUCAGUACCUGUGAGAGUCAUUCGUGGGCUUGAAUGCAAUAAUAGUUAUUGUGGCAAAGUUUACACAUAUGAUGGCUUGUAUAAGGUUGUUCAAUAUUGGGCUGAGAAAGGUGUUUCUGGAUUUACUGUUUUUAAAUACCGCUUAAAACGAAUUGAAGGGCAGCCUGCAUUGACCACUAAUCAGGUUCAAUUUGUUCGCGGACGCCUAUCAAAGGUUCCCUCUGAACUACCUGGGUUGGUCUGUAAGGACAUUUGUCAAGGUCUAGAAGCUAAGUGUAUUCCUGCAACCAAUUUAUUUGAUGAUCCACCUGUAGCUCCUCCAGAUUUUAUAUAUACCAAGUCCAUUCAAGUUGCAAAGGAUGUGAAGCUUCCUCCUGAUGCCCCUGGAUGUAAAUGCAAAGGAAAAUGUACAAAUCCAAAAAGCUGUGCAUGUGCUAGACUUAAUGGUGACUUUCCAUAUGUGAGUCUGGGUGGUGGCAGAUUAAUUGAAGCGAAGGAUGUUGUGUACGAAUGCGGGCCAAAUUGUGGUUGUGGACCUAGUUGUGUCAAUCGUACAUCUCAAAGGGAACUGAAGUAUCAACUUGAGGUCUUCCGCACUCCAAAAAAAGGUUGGGCUGUUAGGUCUUGGGACUUCAUUCCUUCAGGUGCUCCAGUAUGUGAGUACACUGGAGUUCUUAAGAGAAAUGAUGAGUUGGAUCAUGUUUCUGAGAAUGACUACAUAUUUGAGAUUGAUUGCUGGCACACUAUGAAUGGACUUGGGGGCAGAGAGAGGCGUUCACAAGAUAUGUCCAUACCUGCAAAUAAUCAUUUGGAGAAAAGUGAUGACAAUUUAUCAGAAAAUAUUCCUGAAUCUGAUUUUUGCAUAGAUGCUGGCUCCACUGGAAAUGUUGCUAGAUUUAUCAAUCACAGUUGUGAGCCCAAUCUCUUUGUUCAGUGCAUUUUGAGCGCUCACCAUGACAUCAGACUAGCUCGAGUGGUUCUAUUUGCUGCAGACAAUAUACCUCCCAUGCAGGAACUUACAUAUGACUAUGGCUACGCCCUCAAUAGUGUAGUAGGACCUGAUGGCAAGAUAAAAGAGCUGCCAUGCUUCUGUGGUGCAGAAGGCUGUCGGAAACGCCUGUACUAGUUAGAUGAAGUUCCAAGUUUUUCAACCGACAUCAGCGCAACUCUAUCGGCUUGAGAAAAGAAGUGUUUAUAAUGAAUUUUGCCUUUUUUGAUUCUGGAAAACAAGAAUCCAGCUACAUAAAAUUUACUAGUUGUAAUCUUCAGUGUUGUAUUUUAAAUGUUGUCUAUCGUGUGCUGACAGUAUCGGACGCAAUAGAUGUGUAUCAUGGAAAAGGUGUCGCAAGUGAAAACACAAGCUGUUGUUAUUGCAGAUGUAGAAACCAUUAAUGUCAAAUGUUAUUUUAUCUGGCA